UAUAACAAAACCCUACAGGAGAAAGGCGUGUUAGUGAGAAGAGGUAGGAACUAGUGCAUGAUGUGUGGUGUUCCGCCCGGUCAAUUAUAGUGUGACACCACCGGUCCCAUCUUGGUUUGACAGAGGAAGAGGAACCGUCCAUAUUACAGCUGCUUUGUCAGCGGUCGCACGGCGAUGGACCCUGCCGGUGGGAGAGACGAGCGGCGGAGGCAGGCAGAGCGUCUUCGCCGGGAGGAGGCCUACUACCACUUCAUUAACGAGCUGAACGAGGAGGAGUACCGGCUCAUGAGAGACGGCAACCUGCUGGGCACCCCUGGGGAGGUGACGGCAGAAGAGCUCCGGCAGCGCCUGGAUGGGGCCAAGGAGCGCGUGUCCUCUCAGCCCCGCCCCGAGCAGCGUCUGCAGGCGUCCACAGACGCCGGGGACCAGGAGGGCAGCAGUGGGGCCCCUGACCCGGGAGCCGAAUCCUCCAACGGUGAUUCAUUACUGGAGUGGCUGAACACGUUCAGGCGCACCGGCAAUGCCACGCGCAGCGGGCAAAGCGGCAACCAGACCUGGCGCGCGGUCAGUCGCACCAACCCCAACAGUGGCGAGUUCCGCUUCAGCCUGGAGAUCAACAUCAACCACGAGCAGCCGGAGCCCGGCGAGCACAGCGAAGCCGCGCUUGUGGCCGAGCUCCCGGCGGUGGCCCCUAACACCACCUCAACCGCAAUACGUACAGCCUCGUAUCUACCCCCAGUGCCACGCCCCUCAACCUAUGCCGCCCCUUAUCCCACCCCCCGGCCCUCCAUCAGCAGGAGGGCCCAGGCCAGGCGCACACGCAGUGCCAACUCCUCCCCCCGCUCUGCCCAAGACAGUGUUCCUCCAGCACCCCCUCCUGCCUCUGUGAUGAGGAGGGGGGUGACCCUGCCUCCAACACCACUACCAACACCACCUCACCCUUCCUUUACUCCCCCCAGUGACCAAGCCGGCUCCUUGCGACACCACACCCUGAACGCGGCGCUGGAGCGUGGGCGUGACGAGGUGACGGCCUCCCUGGAGUGUCCACGUGUGUCGCCGCCUCGGCCUCCUGCCUCUCAGUCCCCACCAGGGGGGCGUGACUCUCGCGGGAGCAGGACUCGAUCCCGCGGUCGAAUCCGGCGGGCCGCCGGAGGGGCCUCAUCUCGGUCUUCAAGGAGAAGCCGGUCCCCCUUAAGCAGAACACCCGUCGCCAGUUCCGCUCCCGACUCUGGCCUAGCCGGCAAUGGUUCUGAUGGCCAAAGCCUCGAACCAGGCGCUGGAACUAGCUUGGUUUCCAUGGAGACACAGGAGGCCGGGUUGGAGCCCGUCGCUCUAACCGAGGCCGCCACAGAGGCAGGGGAUCACGAAAGGGAGGCCCAGGCGGGCGCUGCAGGCGCUGCGAGUGUCCGCCGUCAUCCCACCAUCAUGCUGGACCUGCAGGUCCGGAGGAUCCGCCCCGGAGAGAAUAGGGACCGGGACAGCAUCGCCAGCCGGACGCGGUCCCGCGCCCGCGUGGCAGAGAACACGGUCACCUUCGAAAGCGACAGCGGCGGAUUCCGGCGCACCAUCUCGCGCUCAGAGCGGGCGGGGAUACGCACCUACGUCAGCACCAUCCGCAUCCCUCUGCGGCGCAUCAGCGAGACGGGCCUGGGGGAGCCCAACUCCACCGCCCUGCGCUCCAUCCUGCGCCAGAUCAUGACCGGCUUCGGAGAGCUCAGCUCCCUCAUGGAGACGGAGGCCGAUUCUGAGACGGUGGCCCCCAGCCACCUGGACGCCCCCUCCGCCGGCGCCAACCCUACCACCACCCCCGCCUAUCGUCUGCAUGGAAACGAGAGCACCGCCGGCCUCAGCGGCACCGGCGCCGUGGACGAGGGCGGGGGAGCGCGGGCGGCGGGGGCCGAGGAUGACGGUCAGGGAAGGCAGGGUGGAGGGGUCAUGAGCCCCGCGGAGGGGCGCGCCACCAGCAGAGACACAAACAACCUGGUGGAGAACGGGACGCUGCCAAUCCUGCGGCUGGCCCACUUCUUCCUGCUCAACGAUGAGGAGGACGAGGAUCACCCGCGGGGCCUCACCAAAGAGCAGAUCGACAACCUGGCAACGCGCACCUACGGCCAGGCCAGCCUGGAGGGGGAGGCGGGGCGCGCCUGCAGCGUCUGCAUCAACGAGUACGCCCAGGGCAACAAACUGCGCCGGCUGCCCUGCUCCCACGAGUUCCACAUCCACUGCAUCGACCGCUGGCUCUCGGAGAACAACACCUGUCCCAUCUGCAGGCAGCCCAUACUGGCGGCACAUCACGAGUGACUGCUGGGAUUCCUGCCCCUCACACCAACGGAGACACACCAACGUCAUUCUGGGUGUAGAGAACCUGCCCAAGCGGGCCGAGCAUGUACAUAGGCUUUCAUGGUUUUUAUUUUCCUUAAAAAAAAAUAAAGACUUCAUCCUGUUCAAGCUGAGGAAGGUGAAACAGAAAGCGUGGAGGGAAAGCUUACAAAUGCAGAGAAUUAUCAAAACUUUAUUUUUUUAGACAUCUUGGUUUUCAGCAGUGUUUGGUUGUUUUUGAGUUGGAUCAUUUUCCUGCAAGGACCGGCUCUGGACUCCGUAGCCUCAUGCUUCAGAGGAUUGGCAUCAACCGCUAUUGCUAGCACUAAAGGAGCUACAGAGGCUGCUGCUGCUGACUCAUCUCCACCCUCUGUUUUCCACGUGCGACAUCCCUCCUUCACGAAUGGACGGUGAACCAUUCCCUUUCAGGCCCGACGAACAUGUACUUCAGUGUAAAUACCUCACUGAUGCUCCAGAUCCAUGGAUUCUGUUCUGCGGCAAGCUACGCACGCAUCUCUUUUUAAGAUGUUGAGUUUGUUUUUUUGGAAACGACAACCGAAGUUGCAAUCCUCCAUUUGUAAUGCUCUUGACAUUCAUUGCUAAAUUUUUGCUUGCAAAUUGUCCUAUUAGUGGACAAGGUAGGUGUGUGUGUGUGUGUGUGUGUGUGUGUGUGUGUGUGUGUGUGUGUGUGUGUGUGUGUGUGUGUGUGUGUGUGUGUGUGUGUGUGUGUGUGUGUGUGUGUGUGUGUGUGUGUGUGUGUGUGUCUGUCUUCCAUCUUCAAAUCUUUUCAGCAUGUAACAGACCCUUGGUAGUUGAUGGCCAGGAAGCCAGCGUCCUUGAUUUCGUUUUUAAUGGCCAGGAUCAGUGACCAGACCUGGUCAGCUUUUGAUUUCUGUACUAUGUGUUAUUCAAAUUGGUUAUCCCCCAACCAGUCUGUCCAGCCAUUGGGUGCUGCGCUGGGUCUGGUUGGCCUAGAAUAAGGACUGGGUUUGAUUUUUAUUUCUCAUUAUUUCGACCCUUGGAGAACGUAAUGGAUUGGACACCUGGAUUUCCUUCAGCACCAUGACCCAGACACUACCAUCCCCAUGGUUACCAUGGGGUCACAUCCAAAGUUUCAGCAAUUGAAUCACAGUAAGCAGGAGCACUAUUCUUCUGGUACCACUAUACUAUUAAACCACACAGCUGAUGGUGGGGAAGUCCUUGGGUAAGUGUGUGUGUGUCUGUGCAUGUCUACAGAGCUGAAGGAGUGGAGUACAGGAUGUCCCAGUAACAGUGGGUCUCAUCGGAUCUCAGAAAGCACUGCUUUGCUUUAUUUAUUUUUCUCGAAUUUCCAACCAAGUUGGAGAAGGCUUUGUGUCUCCCCAGUACAGAAGUGACUAUUUAUUCUGCUCCUAUUUAAUAAGAUGAGAAAAGAAAAAUGCUUUUGGAAAUAUGUAUUAUGUUACGUUGUGAUGAGAAUCAAACAAAAAUAAAUAUGUAUUAUGUUACUAUGUAAUAAAAUCAAGACAAGGGG